AUGCGUGAUGAUUGGAAUCUGGGACACGCGGGAGGCAUAGGCUACUUGGAUGCCAUUGCAGAAUUGGUGGAUUAUCGAAAAGUGAAUGGAGCAUCGGAAUCAGUAUUGAGAGGGCUGGCUUCAACAGAAGUUUACUAGAAAAAAGUGCGCAAAACCGUUUCCAAAAUGAUGCGCUUGCAGUGGACCAGCGAACUGGACAUCGAUGCCUUACAAGCCAAGGGGCACUGGGCCACACUAGAAGAACUGUUGGAAGUCGUGGGGCGCUACUUGACUCGCGGACUGAAAUUGCCUGGCUACUGAAAUCAUGCAAGGAGAAACUGGGUGCUGGUCUGCCAAUAGAUUUAUCUUUUGCCACCAAAUUUUUGGCCGUCUAUUUAUUUAUCAAGGUCAAGGGCUCGAGGCCCAUGACAUAUCAGUACUUAACGGUGGAAAUGGUGUACAAAGUCAAGACUAACGGUGGAUUUAUAGACCAGAAAAUGUUCAAAAUGGUUGGAAAACUUGGCUUCGAUUCUCUUUACCUGGCUGAGACGAGCAUGCAACUGUUGGAUGGCUACAUCAACCACAAUCGCCCCCUACUCAGACCGACCUGCGACUUUGUUUUGGUGACAAGAAAUGGAGAGCAGCACAAUAAGCUGGGAGAGCUAAUGAGUAAACUGCUCUUCGAUGCAACGGGCAAAUACGUUCACUCAACUCGCUAUCGACAGAUUGUGGAGACUGCGAGUUGCAGGCAGCUGUCAGGGGCACCCAACGACAAUUUUCGGAAAAUUAUCUGUUCGGAAGACGAUUUGAGAUCUAGAAUUUUCGGAUCAUUUUCUGUAAAAUUUCUUGCUUGCCUGCUUCUCCUAGGAUUUUCGAACAUCAAAAAAAAGGUAUAAUUGCCCAUUUUUAACGGAUUUUUACCCUAAAAAGGUCACCUAGAAUUUUCGGUAGCCUUUUUUCUGGCUGAAAUUUUCGGAAAGGUAGAUCUUGAUCCCUAUAAUUUUCGGAUCACUAUACUUUCAGCUAGGAAAUCCGAACAGAUGAAAAAUUUUUAGGGGAUAAAAAUAAGCCUUUAUAUACUGUUUAAAUACUAAAGUACGUUCAACAAUGCUAUGUUUAUGUGGUUUUGAACUAUAUUCUCGUUGGGUGCCUCUGAGCUGUGCAGCAGAGUGCAGAGCACAAUCUCCGAGGACCAGAAACAUAGCUCUGUUAUUGUAAGGGUUCACUAUCAGAAGCAGCGAUCGCGCGAGGUGGCGAGCAAA